CUUCACCCUUAGGGCCCUGCCUGCCAAGCUCUGGUCUCUGCAGGGAGGUGAAGUGUGGCCUUCUGCACAGAGUCUGGGUGUGGGUAUCUUUUGACAGCCCCUUUCCCUGUUUAAGGAAGAAAAGAUACUGAGCUGCAGGAAGGCUGAGCAACCUGCCCGGUGUCCCAGGCUGUCUGCAUCGUAAUCCGUGUGCUCAGUAGGAGCGCGUUGCUACGUGGUCACUAGGAAAUGAGACUUGGGAAGUUCCUUCCUGAGUAUGACUUCUAGACAUACUUCAUUUGGAAGAUCACAAAGGAGGAUCUUUUAGAAGGGAAACUGCUACUUAAAGACAUGCGCUUAGGAAGGACAAUGAGUUUAGACAGCGAUAUUCAUCUGUUGUGCUAACUGUUCUGCUCUGAUUUCUGGAAUCACACCCCAGUCACCAGUUCCUGUCAGCAGUAAAUGACUGGAUCAAACUGAGGAGGUCCAAAGGCUUUUCAUAUUAAAACCUUGUAAUCUUGUGUUAGCUCAGAAGAGCAAAGCUUCUAUAGUUCUUGAGAGAUGGCUUUACAGACAUGUGGAAGCUGUUUGAGUUGUCUGCUGAUACCUCUUGCCCUUUGGAGUAUUGUUGUUAACAUCCUGUUGUUCUUCCCUAAUGGGAAAGCUUCACAUGCUGCCAGUUACCAGCUUCCCAACUACGUGUGGUAUUUUGAAGGGAUCUGUUUCUCAGGUGUCAUGAUCCUUCUGUUGGCAGUAAUUCUGAUAUCACUGGAGUGCAGCAUGUUCUACCGGUGUUGCCAGAGUGAGAGCUGUAACAAAACCUACAGGAGUUUUAUUUCAAUUGUGCUAGCCCUGCUUGGAGUUGCUUUCUCUGGAUACAGCUGCAUCAUUUUUACCUUGGGGUUGAUCCAAGGCCCCUUUUGCAAUUCAUCAAGUGGAUGGGAUUAUAUCUUCAAAAACACUGCUGGAGGGUACCUCACAGAUUAUCCUGCUUGGUCUCGCUGCACCGAGCCUGCUAACAUCGUGGAGUGGAACAUCAUUUUACUCUCUAUUCUUAUAGCUCUUAGUGGACUGCAGUUGAUCAUCUGUUUCCUCAAAGUGGCUGCUGAACUGAAACGGACACUCUGUGGAACCUAUUCUGUUUUUGUCCAGGCCAGGAUUCUCUGAAAAUGGCAAGGAAAUUUUCACUGCUCCUUCCCCACCCCUCCAGAAGAAGAAAGAAAUGGCUUCUCUAGCAUAUACGAUGGUAGAUUUGGGUGCUGCAAAGACAAAUGAAACCCUUGUCUUAAAUCUUUGCCUCCCAGUCCUCUCUAUUUUGGAUGAAGUUAUUCGAACUGUUUGGUAUCUACAUUUUCCUAGUUGUUUUCUAACAUGUCUGGUUGUUCCUGACAGUGAAUCUUCAUUUUUUUACUCUCCAGCUGCUUCUGACAAUAAGGACGUUUGAAUACCAUGAACUGUGUUUGUAUUCAACUCACCCUCUUUUGAAAAUAAACUGCUGUAAAACUGCUAAAGAA